GAACUGUAACUCAUUAUUUGUCUAAUUUUCAGAUUGUUUCAGAGGAACAUGAUAAUAAAAUUGAGCCUCAUGAAAUUGGACCUCCAAUUUCCACUUGGAGUCCUGUAGAUAAUUUUGAUACAGAUGUUCUAAUACCAACCAAAGAUAUACUUGUUUGGAUUGAUCCUCUGGAUGCUACUCAAGAAUACACUGAAAAUCUUUUAGAUUAUGUUACUACAAUGGUUUGUGUUGCUGUUAAGGGAAAACCAAUUAUUGGAGUAAUUCAUCAGCCAUUUCAGAAUAAAACAGUUUGGGGAUGGGCAGGAAAAGGUUCAUCCAAAUCAAAAUUAACCCUUACUGAUCAUAAACCAUUCACAAUAAUCGUAUCUCGUUCACAUGCUGGCAAAGUGAAAGAAGUUGCAAGAGCUGCUUUUGGUCCUGAUACUGAAGUUAUUUCUGCUGGAGGUUCAGGAUAUAAAACUCUGCAAGUUGCUGAUGGAAAAGCUUAUGCAUAUAUUCAUGUCACUCUCAUAAAGAAAUGGGACAUUUGUGCUGGUAAUGCAUUGCUAAAUGCCAUAGGUGGGAAGAUGACAGCUUUGGAUGGCUCAGAAAUUGAUUAUGGUGAUCCUGAAGUUGUUAAAAAUGAAAAGGGUUUAAUUGCUACUUUAAAUGAACAUGAAAAGUUUGUAAAUAAACUCUCAAGUUUGUCCAGUUGAUCUGGUCACUGUAAAUUAUGGAUGUGGAAUCAGUGAGCGUGUUCAUCUUCAAAAUGACAAAUGUAACUUUAUUUCUUUGAAAUACAUGCAUUUAUUUAUUCAAGAUCACAAUGUUAUCAAUAAAAUUUACUGAUUAAUUUUUAGGAAGAUAUCACAUGUAUGUAUAUGUGUGCGAGGGUAUAUUUAUUGUAUUAUCAUUGAAAAUUUUUCUCAUGAUGUGUGUAUAUGAUGAUAAUUGCUAUAGUAACAUAGUUUGCAUACUUCAAAUAUUAAGAAAUAUUUUUUUUAACUAAAGGUGAUGGGAAAAGAGUGUGUGUACCAUUUCUCUUCUCAGUUUUAAACUCAGCUCAAUUUUAAAAACAGCAGACUUCUCAACUGGUAGUCUUACUUUAAAAAAAUUUUUCCUCUGUUAUUUUUGAAGUUUUUUGAAUUUUGUUAAUUUAUUUUAUAUCUUUGUUAUUGUUAAAUUAAACAUAGAUAAUUAUUAAAAACACUUUUUCAAAUAAAGAAAGCACAAACAUAAAAUUCUCAAGCAUAUAAAUGUUAUCAUUUAUCAGUUGUGUCAGUCAUGAUGCAGUUAAGCUUCCUUGAAGCUGCAGCAGUCCUUGAUAGGUCCCUCUUGAGCAGACUUUGAAAGUAGCUUCUCAAGUGACUGGGAUUCUAAAAUCAGAUUGAAAAAUCAAGAUUAUUACCACAUAAAUAAUAGUUUUCCUCUAGUUGAUGUACCUACUUUUUAGGAAAAAGGAAAUAAGUUUAAUGAUGAAAAUUUUAGUUAUUAUUAAAAGGCAAACAAGGAAGUAUCAAAAUUAUGAAAUUUCAGUCUAGUCUGUAUCACAUUCAGAAAAAAUUGAAUAAAAUGUCAUGCUGAUGAA